CAUGCCCCGCGCCCGCGCAUGCUCCCUACAGCGAUCGGCGGGCGAGGCUGGGCUGCUGCGGGGCCGGGGCUCGGCCCGUUCCGCGGCGGAGAAGGAACCGGCUCGGCGGGAACCGGCCCGGCCCGGCGCUGCAGGAGAUUUGUCCUGCUGUCUUCUGAAAGGCAAACGGCCCUGCCCGCCAGCAACAUGGGUGGGUUUACAGAGGUUAAAGUGAAAAUACCUUUUGGAAAUAAAUACCUAGAUGCUAUUUUUUCUGUCCCAGACAAGAUAUUAACACACGGAGUGAUUCUUACUCAUGGAGCUGGAGGAGAUAUGAAUUUCUCUCAUUUAGUUUCUUUGGUAGCCUAUCUUGCAUCCCGUGGACUUCUGUGCUUGAGAUUUACCUGUAAAGGCCUUAACAUUGCUUAUAGGACUAAAGCAUAUAAAACAGUUGUGGAAUAUUUAAAGUCCUCUGGUGAAUAUAAACUUCCUGGUGUCUUUCUUGGAGGUCGUUCGAUGGGUUCACGAGCCGCUGCCUCUGUGACACGUCAGAUUAGCCAGGAUGACAAUGAGGAUUUCAUUCACGGUCUGAUAUGUUUAUCUUAUCCACUGCAUCGACCAAAACUUCUGUCCAAACUCCGGGAUGAAGAUUUAUUUUUUAUUAAGUGUCCUGUGCUGUUUGUCUCAGGAUCAGAAGAUGAGAUGUGUGAAAAAAAAUUAUUGGAAGGUGUGGCAAGCAAAAUGAAGACCCUUAAAAAAAUUCAUUGGGUUGAAAAAGCAAACCAUGGCAUGGCAGUAAAAGGACGAACAGCAGACGAUAUUAUGAUGGAAAUAAGCACACAGGUUUUUUCGUGGAUCAAAGAAAUCAUUGAAGAGGAGUACAAAUAACUUCCAGUAGUUAAACGUCGGUUACAUUAACCUUCCCUAAAUGUAAAGGGCUUGUUUGACUUGCCAAAGAGAGCAUUAGAAAAGAGCUAUUCCUACAUGAGGUCUACUUGAUUCAGUACAGGUCAUUCUGCAAAUAUUAAGUGUAAACAUAAGUAAAAAAUAUUUUUUGAAUCCAGAACCACUAUUCGAUAUGAACGAGGUAGUAAUAUCAUUUUUAAAAGGUGAAGAUCACAAAACAUGCAAAAUAUUAAUUGUGGGGCAUUACUUUUCUAUAUAUUUUUAGUGGUAUAUACAUUUUUUGGUCUGUGUGACCAAGCAAUAUCUUUUUUUGUACUGCUUAGUUAGUGUGGUGUGUGGUGGUUUUUUUUUUUUUUU